CGUGUCUGCGCAUGCUCAGCGUAGUGAUUCGUUGUUUCCGUCGCUUUGCUAGCUUAACACGCUAAAAAAAAAAAGAAGUAAGCUAGCCGUGCUCUUUGAAGGUGGAGUGUGUUGAAUGAGUGGCAUCACAGCUUGUAUGGAGGCCCAGAAUGUCUAACGACAUGCUUGAUCUCAGCCUGCAGCGCCUGGACCAUUGUUCCCAGAUGAGCUGAUGUUUUCAGUGAUGAUGACUAUAAGGAGGAAGAUGACAGGAUACUCACCUUCUUUAGGAGGCCGUUUCACCUCUGCACUCAGAUUGCAGAUCUGCCCAGCUUGUAGUUGGGGUGACAAGCAACCCUCCGUUUGUGGAUUUAAAGCUCUCCAAUCAUGCAGACAACUCGCCACGGCUUUACUCCAGCCAGGUCCCCAGCAUGAGGAUGACCCAUCAGUCUGCCGUGUGCUACAUGAGCCAAUCUGCUGGGAUGAUAAAUGAUAACCAGGAGCUCGGUGCUGCUGGCCCUGUCAGAGGAGAUUUCGGAUGGGAGGGAUGAUGGGUUUGCCACACCGAAGCGUGGUGUGGGCUCACAGCAGAUCACCACUAUUCAUGUGGACUUCUUGGAGUACAUGGCACAGCAUCUACUGAAGUAUGACCAUCCAUUCUCCAGAUGACAUAAAUUGGGUUUAAAAGUCCCAGACUGAUUUGUAUAAAAAAUAAAUAAAUAAGAAGUGGAAACAUGGGGGCAUCAUUGUUUCACUUGACUGCUGUCUUUGUGGCUGUCCACGUGAUCCCCUGCCAAACAGUUUGCAGCAGACAAGCUUCACUUGAAUGGCACCUUAAACAACACACGAUCCAGAUGAAUUGGACUCUCAUAGGAAGCAUCUGUAAGAGUGUUUCUGAGUGUUGGGAUUCUCAGAGGGGAGAUGAAUCAACUGGGAACCCCUUCAACUUCCCACAGAUAUGUCCACUUCAGCUGCAACAUGGAGACAAACUGCUGAUGUCUGCUGAUGAAACACUGAAGUCAUAUGGCAUCAGACUCCUAAAUGUGUCAAAAGAUAACUUUGAAAGCUGUUCCACAAGUGGACAGAUAAAAGAUCAGUUUCUUUUCCCCCACAAUAUAAAUGAAAGUGAGCAAGUUGAGGCCAAGUGGCUCGUCCCGGGUCACCAUUACUUUGUCGCGCUGCAUGACGGAGACAUGCAGCUCUGCAAGCUCGGCUUGAGGCUCAAUGUGUCUGUUAAACCGCAACUUUGCCAGGGUUCUCCUCUGCUUCGACUUUGUUCGGGGAGCGGUAUUUGUCAAACAGGCCUCUGGGAAGGUGCAUACCACUGUCGAUGCCACCACCACUACUCUGGGAGGUUUUGUGAAAAGUCUGAUGCUUGUUUGGAUAACCCUUGUGAAAACAAAGGGGUCUGUUUGAGCAAUGGAUCCACAGAUCCUAACCACAGAACAUAUAAAUGUCUGUGUCCUCCACAUUUUACAGGGGUUAACUGUUCUGAAAUCGUUGGGAAAGAAAACUGUGACCGAAUUUGUAGAAAUGGGACAUGCGUUCAAGUGUUGCCUGCGUCCUUCAAAUGCAUCUGUACCACAGGAUUCUCUGGCCCACCCUGUGAGAAGAGGAAAGCCCCCUGUGAUCCAAAUCCAUGCAGAAAUGGUGGCGUAUGUGAGGAGAGUACAACAGGAUUUGUUUGUCACUGCCCAGAAAGAUUCGGGGGCCUCUACUGCAACUCCCGAGUUGACUACGAUUGCAUGUCUCACGCAUGUCAGGAGGAACAAAUUUGCAGGGAGCGUGCCUCUGAAUGUGUCUGUGCAGAUGGUAAUGUUGUCCCAGCAUGCAGGAGGCAGCAGAACCUGUGCAGCCCAUCACCAUGUCUCAACAAUGCCACCUGUGUGUCCAUGGGAAAUUAUUAUGUCUGCAGAUGUCUGAGAGGGUUUUCCGGGAAGAAUUGUGAAGAAAUAAUUGACUACUGCAGGCUGCUCAAUAUCAACUGCCUAAAUGAAGGAUUGUGCCUGAGGAUAAUUGGCGGAUAUCAGUGUGUUUGUGCCCCAGGAUGGAUUGGAGAGUUUUGUCAAUAUGUAGGCGAUGCCUGCCUGAUAAAACCAAACAUCUGUUUAAAUGGAGCCACAUGCAUUACAACAAGUGAGCCAUCUUCUCUCCCACAGUACACCUGCAAAUGUCCCCUUGGCUUCACAGGGGCAAACUGUGAGACUGAUAUCAACGAGUGUGACUCCAGCCCAUGUCAGCACAAUGGCACAUGCUCUGAUUUGCUAGGACACUAUGAAUGCCAAUGUCCUACAGGUUUCCUGGGAAAGAAUUGUGAAGUUGACAUAGAUGCUUGUGCUCUGCCCAACAACACAUGUCCACCAAGGACUCAGUGUUUGGAUCUGCCAGAUGGCCUUGAAUAUACCUGCCGUUUACCCUGCCCUCAAAACCUUCAACCAUGUGCCAACGGAGGACGCUGUGUGUUGAAUAAUGCCAGAAGUUACACUUGUGUUUGUACCCCCGGUUGGUCUGGUCAGGACUGCCGUAUAAAUGUCAAUGACUGUGUUCAGCAUUGGUGUCAAAAUGGAGCCACUUGUGUGGAUGAGAUUGAUGGUUACAGCUGCCUUUGUCCCAGAGGAUACACAGGCGUCUAUUGUGAAGAGGACAUUGAUUACUGUGUUGGCCAUCGCUGCUCUGAACAUGGUGUUUGCCUGGACCAGCGGUAUAACUUUACCUGCCGCUGCAUGCUUGGAUUUGAAGGGUCGCUCUGUGAAGUGGAAACAAAUGAGUGCAACAGCUUCCCCUGCUCAAGCGGGGCCACCUGUGUGGACCUAAUCAGUGAUUAUCAGUGCCACUGUCCCCCAGGGUUUGAGGGAAGGACCUGCUCUGAGAAUGUAAAUGAUUGCUGGUCGCAGCCUUGUCUACAUGGAGGCUCUUGUAUGGAUCUAAUAAAUGACUACAUUUGUCAUUGUCCUCUUGGGUUCAAGGGGAAAGAUUGCUCUGUGGACAUUGACCUCUGCUCGUUUGGAAUGUGCAGUGAACACACAUUAAUAUGUGCUGAGACCAAGGAUGGACAGAAUGUCUCUUGCACUUGUGAAAGAGGGUUUGGAGGGUCAUUUUGUGAAGUAAAUCUCAAUGAGUGCGAGUCAAAGCCAUGCCAGAACGGUGGUAUUUGUGUCGACGGCAUUGACCUGUAUCAGUGCUUCUGCUCAGAGGGGUUUGGCGGGUUGAACUGUGAAAUCAACUAUGAUGAAUGUGUCCAUGGAUACUGCGCCAAUAAUUCCACAUGUAUUGACCUGGUUGCAGACUAUAAGUGCAUCUGUCCUUCGGGCUUUGCUGGGAAGAAUUGCUCCACAUCUGUCUCUGCAUGUGCGUCAGAUGUUGAGUUCUGCCAAAAUGGAGGAACCUGCUCCCACAGCUUAACUGGGGAAAUCCAAUGUAUUUGCCCUCCAGGAUACCAUGGCAAUGACUGCUCGUCAUCUGUGAACCAAUGUGUGUCAAAUCCGUGCGACCCCAAGGGGACCCUCUUCUGUGAAGAGCUGGCAAAUACUUCUAGAUGUGUGUGUCAACAUGGGUACACUGGACCACACUGCAAAACACCUAUAAACCACUGUGUUGAUGGUCUGUGUCAACAUGGUUCAGUGUGUGUGGAUCUAUCAAGAGGGUUUAAGUGUGAUUGUUUACCAGGGUUAACAGGCCAGUUUUGUGAGAUAAACACUGAUGAUUGUGAAGAAAAGCCGUGUGGAGUCCUGAGUAUUUGUAAAGAUGCUCUCAAUGGCUACAAUUGCUUUUGUGCACCUGGGUUUAUUGGAAAUAGCUGCGAGAUUGAAGUGAAUGAAUGUCUCAGCCAGCCUUGUCGAAAUGGAGGCUCCUGCACUGAUGAGCUCAACUCCUUCAGCUGCCACUGUCCUCUUGGAAUCACAGGGAACUACUGUGAAGUCAACAUAGAUGAGUGCAUAUCCUCACCAUGCCUGCACAGUGCCACAUGUGUUGACCUUGUUCAUGGCUAUGGAUGUGUCUGUAUGCCUGGCUUCACAGGUACAAACUGUGAAAUUGACAUUGAUGAGUGUGCUUCAUCUCCCUGCAAGAAUGGAGCUACUUGCAUUGACCAGCCUGGUAAUUACUUCUGCCAAUGUGUGGCUCCAUUUAAAGGUCAUAAUUGUGAGUUCUUACCCUGCGAGGCCAGUAAUCCAUGUGAGAACGGUGCAGUGUGUGUGGAGGAGUUGGAUCAGGAGCAUUUCCCUUUGGGUUUCCGCUGUCACUGUCGCCGGGGCUUCACUGGCCCCCGCUGUGAAAUCAAUGUGGACGACUGCAGCUCCAGCCCCUGUUUUCAUGGCUUCUGCUAUGAUGUUGUAGAUGGCUUUUACUGCCUUUGCAAUCCUGGUUAUGCUGGACUGAGAUGUGAGCAAGACAUUGAUGACUGUGUGAACAAUUUGUGCAGUACAAACUCAACAUGUAAGGACCUCCAUCUGAGCUAUGAGUGUGAGUGUCACUCCGGUUGGGAGGGGGAGUUCUGCCAACAAGAAAUUGAUGAAUGUUUAUCUCAGCCCUGCAAAAACAAUGCCACCUGCACAGACCUUCUCAACAGCUACAAGUGUUUGUGCUCACCAGGCUGGACAGGUGUGGAUUGUGCAGAGGAUGUGAAUGAGUGUGAUUCUGGACCUUGUCUAAAUGGAGCUCAGUGUCAGGAGUCAAACCUACCUGGGGAGUUUUCUUGCACCUGUCCUCCCUUCUUCAGUGGCCCCUUGUGCAACCAGCCUUAUGACCCCUGUGACCCUUUCCACAAUCCCUGCCUGAACAACUCCACCUGCCUGACACGCUCCAAUGGAACAGCCUCCUGCAGAUGCCCAGCUGGAUUUGAAGGAAGUUGGUGUGAAAUUGACACCAAUGAGUGUAGCUCAAAUCCAUGCCAAAACCAGGGCGACUGUGUGGACCGGGUCAACAGUUACAGCUGUGAAUGUAAUGUGGGAUUUUCUGGCCUUUACUGUGAGGAAGACAUCAAUGAGUGCGCCUCUAGCCCUUGCCUCAACGCUGCCAUUUGUCAAGACCUUGUGAACGAGUUCCACUGCAUUUGCCCUCCUGGUUAUUUUGGAACGCUGUGUGACCUGGAUGUGAAUGAGUGUGAAGUUUCACCUUGCCUACACGAGGGCAUCUGUAUCAACACGCCCGGGGGCUUCAAGUGUGUCUGUCGCCCUGGAUACUCAGGGGUACUGUGUGACGUUAACAUCGAUGAGUGUGUUUCAAACCCAUGCCGAAAUAGUGGAAGAUGUAUUGAUGCGCCUAAUCGAUACCAAUGCUUGUGUCCGGAUGGCUUUAGUGGGCUCCACUGUGAAACCAACACUGAUGAAUGCAUGUCAGCACCUUGUCUUCAUGGGAGCUGUAAGGAUGGAAUGUAUUCUUACUCCUGUCUUUGUGAAUCUGGAUGGACCGGCAGCAGAUGUGAAACAAACAUAGACGACUGUACCUCCAUUCCCUGUUUGAAUGGAGGCUCAUGUGUGGAUCUCAUUGAUAAGUAUGCGUGCUUUUGCCAGGAUGGUUACACAGGGAAAGUUUGUGAGAAUGAUAUAGAUGUCUGCAAAGACGCCACUUUUAACGUCUCACUGUGUUUCAAUGGAGCCACCUGCCUUGACGGUGAAGGGUCAAACUUUACAUGCAGCUGUCCACCAGGUUUCAUGGGGGAUUUCUGUGAAGUGGAUGUUAACGAAUGUUGCUCAGCGCCCUGCCACAACGGUGCAAUUUGCCAAGAUCUUAUUAAUAGCUACGUCUGCCACUGCAGGUCAGGUUGGACAGGCCUUCACUGUGAGGAUGACAUUAAUGAGUGCCUUCCACAGCCCUGCAACCAGGGGAUAUGCAUUCAGAAUGAUCCAGGCUAUGGCUACACCUGUUUCUGUCGUCCUGGAUUUGUGGGGAGGAACUGCGAGCACAACUAUGAUGACUGCCUGUUGAAUCCAUGUCCAGAAGCAUUUUCCUGUGUAGAUGGCAUCAACAAGGUCAGCUGCCUGCCUCCUGUUACGGAUGCUGUUCCCUUGGUGACUGUAGUCAAGAACAUCACUCGCGGCUCCACACCCAGAGUGCCAACGCCAACACUCAACCCGACACCAACAGCUGAGCAAUCCACAGAUUCAAGCUACGUUCACUACUUUGGGAAUUCAUACCUGGAGUUUGAGGGUACUGACCUCAGCACACUCAACAAUAUUACUGUGAGAUUUCAAACUCAAGUGGCCCAGGGAACCAUACUUUAUGUGGACCAAGGACCUGUAAACGGUGAUUUCUUUUUCAUGAAACUCUACAUCCUGGAUGGAAUCUUGCAGUAUGCUUUCAGCUGUAACGAAGAGGAAGAGGUUACACUGAUCCGUACAUUAGUUCGCGUUGAUGAUGGCAAGGUUCACAUUGUUAAUAUCAGACAACGCCUCACCCCUUGUGAAGCAGAGCUAACUCUUUCUGGGUAUGACAAAAUCAAAAGUACUGCAAGCAAUUACUGGUUGGGACACAUGAUGCAAAGAAUAAACCACGUAUUCAUAGGUGGUCUGCCACAACAAUAUCUAACCAAUCAGAGAGCGAAACCUUUCCACAACUAUACUGGCUGCAUUGAAAUAAUUGAAAUUAAUAAACUGAGCAGCUUUUACGCAUCUGAUGCCAUCGCCGGCAGCAACACAGACCAAUGCAGAUAUACUUUGCAUGCCAUAGAAGCCUCCACAACAAGUUCCUCAAGUUUGACAACUCAAUCAACUGCCUCUGACACAGUAAACACAACAACAAUGGCAGCUCCCACACAAACACCAAAACAUCCUCUGCAUGAACCUCAAGUUUGCCUUGACGGUCUUUGCCGCAACGGAGGAACAUGUCAUGAGCUGCAGGUGCCUGGUGGAGUUCUGCCUUCCUGUCACUGCCCGCUUCAUUUUACCGGAACUUUUUGUGAGAAAGGGUUCGAGUGGGAGCCAGUUGGAGCUCAGCUCCCCCAUGGGUAA